CUCAACAAGAAUGCAGCACAUUGUAGAGCAACUGCGACUCGUGCAACAAAAGGUGUCUCACAUUAUUACAACGUUAGGUCCUAACUGGAGUGCUGCCCCAAAUAUUGCACGUCUUAUCACCACCUCUGAAAGUACAGAGCCCAAAUUGUAUGGGAGAGAUCAUAUUAUGAAUAGCAUCGUACAUGAUAUCACACAGGGUAAACAUUCUGGUGAGGUCCUCACAGUCAUUCCAAUUGUUGGUCCAGGGGGCAUAGGAAAAACAACUCUCGCACAAUAUGUUUAUCACAGUGGACAAGUGCAACAAUAUUUUGAUGUCAAGGUUUGGAAAUGUGUGUCACUCAACUUUAAUGCGAAUAAGCUGAUAGAAGAGAUUGAAAAAUAUAUACCUAAAGUUGAUGGUGAAAGUACUACAGAUACUGCAGGAGAGUUGAUUGGACAAAGAUUAAGAAAUAAAAGGUUUUUGCUUGUAUUGGAUGAUAUCUGGGACUGUAGCAGUGAGGAUGAAUGGAAACGGCUACUGGUACCAUUCAAAAAAUCACAAGUACAUAGUAAUAUAAUUCUAGUCACAACUCGGUUUCAAGCACAAUCACAAAUAAUGAUUAAAAAGAUUGAUCAUCAAAUAAGUUUGAAAGGUUUAGAGCAUGAAGAAUUCAUGGAAUUGUUCCUAGAUUUUAUCUUUGAUGAUGAUCAAUCUAGAGAGGCCCAACCUGACCUCUUACUCGAAACUGGGGAUAAGAUAGCUCAGAGACUAAAGGGCUCCCCUCUUGCGGCAAAAACUGUUGGUAGAUUAUUGAAAACCCAACCUGACCUGGUUCAUUGGAAUAGAGUACUAGAAAGUAAGGAAUGGGAGCAAAUAGACGGCAAGGAUGAUGACAUUAUGCCUGCACUGAAGUUGAGCUAUGAUUGCCUACCUUUUCAGCUGCAGCAAUGUUUUUACUAUUGUGCUUUGUUUCCUAAAGAUUACAAAUUCGAUAGAGAAGAGCUAAUUAACUUCUGGAUAGGACUAGAUAUUUUGCACUCAUCACGUGGUGAAAAUAAAAGGGUUGAAGAUAUAGGCCUAAGCCAUUUGACACGAUUGGUAGGACAUGGAUUUUUGGAAAAUGAAGGAAAAAACGAUGGAAGUGCUUGUUACAUUAUUCAUGAUCUCUUACAUGAAUUAGCACGGAAAGUUUCAUCCCGUGAAUGCCUUAGCAUAGAAUCUCAAUUGAACUCCUUACAAGUCCUGCCAUCAAUUCGCCACUUGUCUAUCAACAUAGAUGGCACAAGUGUCAAGGAUAGAUUGACCCUCAAAGGUUGUAUAUAUGCAGGAUUUCAAUACAUUGGGUAAUAAAGGAUUAAAAGUUGAAAAACUACGGUCUUUCAUGUUAUUUGGGGAACACCAUGGUUGCUUUGUGAAGGCUUUUGGUGAUUUAUUUAGGGAAGCAAAGGCCCUUCGUGUUGUUUUUCUAUCUGAAGCUUCUUAUGAUGUGGAAGAUUUGUUGCACAACUUUUAUAAUCUUGUCCAUCUUUGCUACCUUCGGAUUCAAAGUUCUUCUCUAGGCCGAAUAAGAUUUCCCAACAAACUUUCUAGAUUUUAUCACAUGAUGGUCCUAGAUGCAAAACACUGUGAUAUUGUUGACUUACCAAGAGACAUGAGCAACCUUAUCAAACUACGUCAUUUUCUUGUUCAACAUGAUGCAACACACUCUAGCAUUGCUGAUGUUGGGAAAUUGAAAUCAUUACAAGAGCUACGAAGGUUUACGGUAAAAUACGCAUCUCAGGGUUUUGAAUUAAGGCAGGUUGGACAUUUGGCAGAGCUUUGUGGAUCACUAUAUAUCGGUAAUCUUGAAAGAAUUCAAGAAAAGGAAGAAGCUGAUGAUGCAAAAUUGAUACUAAAGAGCCGCCUACAUGAGUUGAUAUUUUGUUGGGAGAAUAUUUGGCGAUCUACCAAUGACUCUACAUUAGAAGAACAUGUCCUUGAAAGGCUUAAGCCAAGUAGCAACCUUCUAAAGCUAUCCAUUAUAGGGCACAGAGGAGCCACUUGCCCUUCAUGGCUUGGUAUGGACCUCUCAGUAAAAAGUUUGGAAUCUCUUUGUCUAGAUGGAGUAGCUUGGAAAACAUUUCCGCCUAUAGGAGAGUUGUGGCUAGUUAAUGUGCCUCAUGAGGAAAUUUCAGGCAGUAUCCCAGAUAAAAAGUUUGGAAAUUUGAGAAGGCUAAACUUUGAGAACCUAAGAAGUUUGAAAAAAUGGGCUGUACAUGCCCCUUGUCAAUUGUUUCCUUUCUUGGAAGUGCUUGUCAUUAGGGGUUGCUAUAACCUUGUGGAGUUGUCAUUCUCACAUUCUGCUUGCUGUCAACAAGAGAAAGUGCCAUUUGCAAGUUUGUUUCCUAGACUCUCACAGCUCAUGAUUAGAAACUGUCCACAGCUAUUGUCAUUUCCUCCUGUUCCUUGGACUGAAGCUCCAUCCUCCAUUGAGAUAGAAGGAACUGGCUCUUCUUGUCUUCAUAAAUUGGUUUAUGCAAAAAAUUCCAAUUCUGAAUAUUGUUUGACAAUUGAGGGAAAGGAAAUUCCUGAUAGCACGUUUUUUGAUGUGCUGGCUUUUCAAAAUCUAACUAGACUGAAAGAGUUGAGGAUGCUCAGCUGCCAGCCCAUGGCACUGGAUCACUUGCAAAUGCUAUCAUCCCUAAGGACCCUAAGGAUGUCUUGUUCGAAUACAGCCUUUCCAUUUGCUGAAUGUGAUAGCCAUGUCAAAUACCAAUUUCCAGUUGAAUUCAUGACCAUCGAUGGGUGGAGUGCUAGCGGGAAGGAGUUAACACAGCUACUCACCCACUUCCUGAAGCUAUCAGAACUGAAGCUGUGGUCUUGUGAGAAGAUAACAGGGUUGAGUGUGAUGGGACCGCUGGCAAUGGCAACAACCAGAGCAUCAUCUUCAGCUAACAGAGAGGACAAGGAACAAACCGAGCAGGAUGCAAAAGCAGAGGAGGAAAUAGUCGCAUUAGCAGCAGAAGGGCUGUUGCUUUUGCCUCCCCAACUGCAGGAGUUGAGUAUCGUCAACUGCACAGAGUUAAGACUCCUCUUCAAUCCCCUCGAGGACAAAGGUGGCCUCCAAGGUCUGAGCUCCCUCCAACGGUUAAGCGUCGUGAAUUGCCCCAAGCUACUCUCCUACUCGUCUUCAUCCUCCUCUUGUUUCCCCUUCCCCAACUCUCUUGAAUACAUCCGUCUUGAAGGCACGGUGGGCAUGGAGACGCUGGAACCUCUAUCAAACCUCAGCUCUCUCACAAGUUUAUCCACAGCCGGAUGUGUGCCUCUAAGAGGCGAGGGAUUGUUGUCUCUCGUUGCUCAAGGUUGUCUCACCAGAUUAUACGUCGCAGGAACGCCCGCUUUGUUUUUUGAUCACGAGCCCUCAUGGGUGCAAGAACAAGAACACCAAUCCCGUUCCUCCAAACUGCAGGAGCUCAGCAUAGAUGAUGUAGCUGCAGCCACUGCUACACCCAUAUGUAGUUUUCUCCUUUCCUCGCUCACUACAUUAAAUUUUUUCGAGGAUCAAUUGCUGGAAUGCUUCACAAAGGAACAAGAGGCCCUUCUGUUCGUCAACUCCCUUGAGGAAAUCAGUUUUAUGCUCUGCAGCAGACUGCAGAACUUCCCUGAACGGCUACAUAGCCUUCCCAACCUCAAGAGAUUAUACAUCUGGGAGUGUAAAGCCCUCCGGAAGCUGCACGGCCUCCCAAGUUCACUGCAAGAGUUGGUUAUCACUGGUUGUCCAGAAAUCUCGUCACUGCCCAGCCUCCCAAGUUCAUUGCAAAAAUUAGUGAUCAAAAGCUGCCGAAGAAUCUAUAGGCUGCCCAAGGUGGAUGAACUUCCAAGCUCACUGCGCGAAGUAGACGUCCGUGAUAGCAGAAGCGAGAAGCUAAGGAGGCACUGCCGCGAGUUGAUUGGAAUAGUUCCGAUAGUCAGAGCCUGACAAAUCCAAGGGCUCUUCUUCUGAAUUGUCAAGCAUGAGCAUCUUAGCAUGUGCCUUCCACCUUGUACAUCAACUGUUUAGUAUAUGGAAAAUCACCCUCGUAGUCUUAUACAUUCUUUACAUGUCCAGCCUGUUGAUUAUUGUUGGAAUCAGUCUUCUUUGCUGCUGUGCGGAUCACCAGAUGCACUGAUUUACUCAACUAAAAGGAGGUCAAAUUUGCAUUCGACGUAUUUGGAGUGAUGAUUGCCAAACAGGAGUGUUGCUUGGAGCCAAAGUUUGCCAAGCAAAUUACACUGUGCCAUCUUUCUAACAAUGAAACAAUCAAUGCAUGAUGCACGUCCAGUAAUAAUCAAUCAUCGAAUUAUCAGUAUACAAUUCUGAGCUCUCUGCAACCGGAGGACAGGAGCCCAUGAGCACGCAUCUUUAUCCCAUGCAUGCGGCACAAGCGCCAUAUGUGCAGCAAGCAUCAUGAGGCUCCCUACUAAAUGGUGCGAACUGAAUUUUGUCCGGCUAAAAUACAUUCCAUGCUAAAGGGUAGCUUUAUGAUAUCUAUAAUGUUUCUUCCUGGAGACAUGGCAGCUGUGGAGGUAUCACCAUCACUGUCCUCAGCCUGCUGUUCAUGGCACUACUCUUGGCUCCAUGCUGUGGGGCCAACGCGGCAUGUGACAAGUGGCUGAGCGACAGAUACCAGAUUCUGCUCCUGUGCAGUAGCCAUACAUGCAACGAGAACUGCAUCGCGCGAGGGCGAGGGCACCAUCAGGGGGAAGUGUGGCUUACUCAUCUUCAGGUCCUGCUGCUUCUGCGCCAAAGAAUGAACGUUCCAGCAUAGCUACGACUACGAAGCCUUCCUCCCGUAUACAAAGUCAUCCACUUCUCAGCUGAAAAGAAAGAGGCCGGGUUUGUGUCAAGGUGCACCUACACUGUUUAGUGAAAGACGGGAGCACUCAUGGCAACAUGUUUGUCCCUUGCGGUCCAUGUCCAUCAUCUUUGCAUGAACUGCCAUUAGGUGGAAGAAAUUCUGAAUUGUCUGAAUUUCAUGAGACCUCCUGCUGCUGGGAUAGUGGAAUGUGCAACUUGAAUUUUGUCAGGUUUCAGAAUUGUGUAAUAGCAUUGCAUGCUCACAACCAACUGUACCCUCAAAAUCUGAUCAAACUAUAUAUUGACAUGUAAUUCAUGGUGUAGGAUCUCUAA